AUGGUCAUUCGAAUGGGAGCUGGCGAGGUCGGGCCUAGCAUCACCCAAUUGGCCAAGGACGUGCGGGCCAUGAUGGAGCCAGACACAGCAAGUAGAUUGAAGGUUUGUUUCCCAGCUGAGAUCCAUUCAAGAGCGAAAGUGGCUCACUCUGGUGUCCAGGAGCGAAAGGCGAACAAACUUAAAGACUACAUCUCGAUGGCAGGACCGCUGGGAGUUUCCCAUCUGCUACUCUUUUCGCGUUCAAAUUCGGGCAAUACCAACCUAAGAGUCGCAUUGGCUCCUCGAGGCCCGACGCUCCAUUUUCGGGUUGACAAUUACUCGCUCUGCAAGGAUGUGACCAAAGCGCAGAAACAUCCCAGAGGAGGAGGAAAAGAAUACCAAACCGCGCCGCUGCUCGUCAUGAACAACAUGAAGACACAACAAGACGCAUCUUCAGAUCCUAUCCGCAAGCAGCUUGAAGACCUUACCACAACCAUCUUCCAAAAUAUGUUUCCCCAGAUCUCUCCUCAAACCACUCCUCUUUCCUCUAUCCACCGCAUUAUGCUUCUCAAUAGAGAGUUGUCGAACGCCGAAGACGGCACCUUCGUCCUGAACCUCCGCCACUACGCCAUUACCACAAAACAAACGGGCGUCCCGCGGAGGAUCCGGCGACUCGACCCGAAAGAGCAAAGACAACGGCAGAAAAAAGGAAGCGCCAUUCCCAAUCUUAGUCGGCUAGAGGACGUGUCGGAGUAUCUGCUUGAUCCUAGUGCUGCUGGCUUUACAUCAGCCAGCGAGACAGAAUUAGACACGGAUGCUGAAGUAGAAGUACUGGAAGCGCAGACUCGUCGAGUGUUGAGCAAGAAGCAGGUACAGAAGCUAAGAGAUGGGAAGUCGAAGGACCGAAGUAGUGGCGGGAGCAACGUGGAAAAGCGAGCAGUCAAGCUAGUCGAGCUCGGGCCGCGGAUGAAGCUUCGUUUAGUCAAGGUGGAGGAAGGGGUCUGCGAAGGAAAAGUCAUGUGGAAUGAGUUCGUUACGAAGUCGAAAGCAGAGGAGCAGGAGAUGGACCAGAAAUGGGCACAACGACGGAAGGAGAAAGAGGAGAGGAGGAAAGAGCAGCGAGCGAAUGUGGAGAGGAAAAGGCGGUUGAACGCCAACACGAGAGCUAAUUCGAAUGGCGAUAGAGCUGAAGAUGAGGAGAUGGAAGACAGAUGGGACAGCGAGGAUAGCGAUGUGGAUGAUGUGAGUUUAGAAGACGGGGCUGAUGAGGGUGAGUGA